UCUCUGGACGAAUCCGUUCCGUGUUGCGCGUUCGAGUCCGCCUCUCCGCGCCCCUGCUUCCCAUUGACGCACUUUUUAAGCGUCUUCCCCUUCUCCACCUUAAGGCGAGCAGCAGCAGCAGCGACCAAUCACCAUGCCAUUACAGCCUUCAGAGGAAGCUGUUUAUGGGACUGCAGCGCUAAUUAGGCUCAUGAACUAACAAAUCUGCCUGCACGAACCCGGCGAGGAAAACGAUCACAUCCAUGGAUUAGUCUGGGAGUAGCCGAGCACUUUUUAUUUUUGGCUUUCUCGACACUGCCGCCUUUCCCCCCCCAACUUAUUUACUGCGCAGAAACUUUCCCCUCUUUUCUUGGUUGUGGAGUAUUUUUUAAGCGAGAGCACCAACGACAACUUUAACUUAAACUGGGGAAUCUGGACUAUCAGACCAUGUUUCAACCUACACCCAAGAGGUGUUUUACUAUAGAGUCUUUAGUGGCGAAGGAUAAUCCUGUACCGGUGUCCCGCACAGAGGAGCCCAUCAGGCCAGCGGCUCUCAGCUAUGCAAACUCCGGCCAGAUGAACCCCUUCCUCAACGGCUUUCACUCCGGCGGCAGGGGCGUCUACUCUAACCCGGACUUGGUGUUUGCGGAGGCGGUCUCUCAUCAGCAAAACUCCGCUGUCCCGGUGCAUUCGGUGGCCCCGCCGCACGCUCUGGCUCACCCGCUUUCGUCCUCACACAGUCCGCACCCUCUUUUUGCCAGCCAGCAAAGGGACCCCUCAACUUUCUACCCCUGGUUAUUACACAGAUAUAGGUACUUGGGUCACAGAUUUCAAGGUAAUGAAACGAGUCCAGAGAGCUUCCUUUUGCACAACGCGCUGGCCAGAAAGCCCAAAAGAAUCCGGACAGCUUUUUCACCUUCGCAACUCCUGCGGCUCGAGCACGCGUUUGAGAAAAACCAUUACGUGGUGGGAGCAGAAAGGAAACAGCUCGCCCACAGCCUUAGCCUCACAGAAACUCAGGUAAAAGUGUGGUUUCAGAACCGGAGGACGAAGUUCAAGCGGCAGAAGUUGGAGGAGGAGGGCUCGGAGUCUCAGCAGAAGAAGAAAGGAUCGCAUCAUAUAAACCGGUGGAGAAUGGCGACUAAACAGGGGAGCCCAGAGGAAAUUGAUGUCACUUCGGACGAUUAAAAAAAAGACUAUAUUAUAAGCGUCUGAGUGAAGGAGGACAUGGAUAAAGGAUGCCGUGUAGAGACAGUGAGGGGGUUAAAAAGCCAAUGUCACAUUUCUGAUCUCCGGAGAUCGGCAGCUGAGGGUGAGAGAAACCCGACUGGUGGCACUGCUGUCACCGCGUGGGUCUGUCAAUCCACGAGCCAGGAAAAUGUGACUGACAGUGUCUCAGUCCACCCACCUGAACCCUUCCACGCACCAACCACCACCACUACAAUCUCCCAUCUACCACCACCUCAUUUUUUGUUUUCUUCUCCAAUUCAUAUUGGACGUUUGCACUUCAGAAGGUUUUUUUGUUAUUUUAUUUUUUAAACAAACAAAAACGUUUCCACUUCAAAAAACCAAAACACCAAACUGCUUUUUGUAAAACUUGAAUUGCAUGGUAUAGUUUUUUUUUUCUUCCUGGUAGUUGUUUUAAUUUGGCAAGUUUUACUCAAACCGAGAAGAAGAAGAAGAAAAAAAAAUAUCAAUUUUGUUUUUAACUCUAUUUUCAAACAGAGAUGUCGUGCUUCUUCCUUUUUACAAAGUGUGCAGUCUUUAAUUAAUGAUUCUCGUGUAAACGUGAUUUGUGAAAACAUGAAGUAGCGGUGCUGCGUUAUGGUGUUUUUUUAUUUUUAUUUUUUGUUUAAUAAAAUAGAACAAAAAUUGAAUUUCGAUUUACAAAAAAAAAAACUUUCUAAUAAGUGAAUCAGACCACAGUUAAUAGUACUUAAAGGGAAGGUAUCAGGACAUUCCUUUAACCUAAAGCUUUACCAAUGUGUCGCUGUGGCCCCACGCAGCCUGCUGUCAGGACUCGACCCUCCAGUGAAAGUUGCCACGAAGGACUAAAUGCAAGCAUUGAGAAAAAAAAAAAAAAAAAAAAAAAAGAAGCACUGAGAUUAUUCCAUGUACAGAAAUGCUAAAAGUUAAUGUUUCUGUUAAAACCCUCUUUUACAGAAUGUAAAUAAUUUUUUGUGUUUGUGUUAAGUUUGCUACAAUUUUAACACACAUUAUACUUCCAAGAAGUAUGUAAUUGUCAAUAUUUUGUCAAUAAAGUUUUAUC